CUCGCCUUCCUGUCACUUUCAACACUUCGUAAGCUUCGAGAUUACUGGUCAAACUUGGCAUGUUGUCCUACAACGAAGAGUAUUUCCAUUCACCUUCGCUGGCGAGCUUUUCUCGUCACCCAUCAUCGAUCUCGUGACGAUGGGAUCCCUAUACGAACCUUCGGUGCGGAGUAGUACAUGGUAUGUGAUAGACAAGCGUUUAUCGCAACGCUUCACAACACUCGAAGGAUGGCGCGAAAUCGGUCUUGGGAUCUAUACCAUGGGGAGUUCCAACAUUCGCAUGUUCUCGCCCCGCAAUCAAUUCGACCCAGAGAGCUUUCGCGAUGAGACCGACGACAUUAUUUAUACGACUUCCCCGGAUGCGCCGCCUGUACCCAGCAAGAAGACCCUUUCUCUAAUCGAGUACAAGACAACGGCCGCAUCCUCGGUGUAUCCUACAGACGAAAAGUCGACCCCGAGUCCGGAUCAACGCCUCUCGACAGUGAGCUUUUAUGAGGUGGUAAUACCGAAGCCAGAGAAGCCACGUCUCGUGGAACCGUACCAUGUCUUCACCGACAAGGAGAAAUGUAUCGUUGUUGCGAUUGUGUCUGCGACUGGAAUGCUGCCCGUCUUGACGUUCUACACCUACCUCCCGGGGAUCAUGUCGAUUGCCACGGAUCUUCGAGUGAGCGUUCAAGCAAUCAACUUCUCUAUUACUUUCUUUCUUCUCGUCCAGGCGAUCGCACCGAUCUUCUGGCUUCCUCUCAUAGACACUCUAGGCAGACGGUCGGUGUACAUGUAUUCACUUCUAGUCUACAUUAUCACAACCAUCAACCUUAGUCUGUCGACCAACUAUGUCAUGCUGCUAGUCAGCCGUGGUUUCCAAGCCGCAGGCGUAGCUUCCAUCGUUUCCAUCGGCUGCGCCGUGAUUCAAGACAUUGUCCCCGCCGCCUCACGACCUGCGUACUACUGUAUCUACCAACACGUCCGCAACGCCACUCUCCUUAUCUCUCCCAUCAUCGGCGGCGCCAUGACCUCCUCCCUCGACUUUCGCUGCGUCUUUAUUCUCCUUUUCGCCCUAGCCCUAACCUACUUCGCUUUAAUCCUCAUCUUCCUCCCCGAAACCCUCCGUCCCAUUGCUGGUAACGGUACCGUGCCCCUCCGCGGCAUGAAUCUCCCUCUCCUCUAUCGCCUCAAGCUCUUCGGCUCUCCCCCUCACGAAUCCCCCCUUCAAUCCGCACGCCACCAUCCCCCAAUCUCCCCGCAAGCCAUUCUCCGCCCCCUCCAUCUUUUCCGCGAAAAAGAUAUCCUUCCAAACCUUCUCUUCCCAGCCAUCGUCCACGCUAUAUGGAUCAUGGUGACAGCCUCCUCUUCAUCCCCAACAUCCUCGGCUGCAUCGCCGGAACCUCUCUAAU